GGGUGGCGAGCUCAUUUCGGGAGCAGCGCAGCGAACGCAGGUUGCGGUGUGGGGCUGAGGUUAGAAGGCAGGCGGGCGAGAUGAGCCGGGCGCCCGCGUUCCUGAGCGCCGCAGAGGUGCAGAGCCACCUGCGCAGCUCCAGCCUCCUCAUCCCGCCCUUGGAGGUGGCUCUGGCCAAUUUCUCCAGCGGCCCCGACGGAGGGGUCAUGCAGCCCGUGCGCACCGUGGUGCCGGUGGCCAAGCACAGAGGCUUCCUGGGGGUGAUGCCCGUGUACAGUGCAGCAGAGGAUGCUCUGACCACCAAAUUGGUCACCUUCUACGAAGGCCACAGCAUCACCUCUAGCGUACCCUCACACCAGGCUACCGUGCUUCUCUUCGAGCCCAACAGUGGCUCCCUGCUGGCGGUCAUGGAUGGAAAUGUCAUAACUGCAAAAAGAACAGCUGCAGUGUCUGCCAUUGCCACCAAGUUUUUGAAACCCCCCACUAGUGAUGUGUUGUGCAUCCUUGGGGCUGGGGUCCAGGCCUACAGCCAUUAUGAGAUCUUCAUGGAACAAUUCUCCUUUAAGGAGGUGAGAAUAUGGAACCGCACCAAAGAAAAUGCAGAGAAGUUUGCAAACACUGUGCAAGGAGAGGUACGGGUCUGUUCAUCGGUGCAGGAGGCUGUGACAGGUGCUGAUGUGAUCAUCACAGUUACCAUGGCGACAGAGCCUAUCUUGUUUGGUGAAUGGGUGAAGCCUGGGGCUCACAUCAAUGCCAUUGGAGCCAGCAGACCCGACUGGCGAGAACUGGAUGAUGAGCUCAUGAAGCAAGCAGUGCUGUAUGUGGAUUCUAAGGAGGCUGCCUUGAAGGAGUCAGGAGAUGUCCUGUUGUCAGAGGCUGAAAUCUUUGCUGAGCUGGGAGAAGUGGUGAAGGGGGUAAAACCAGCACACUGUGAAAAGACACUGUGUUCAAGUCUUUGGGAAUGGCAGUGGAAGACAUGGUUGCAGCCAAACUUGUAUAUGAUUCCUGGUCAUCUGGCAAAUGAGACAAAGCAGCUUUGUGUUGAGAUGGAUAUCACAGCUCAAGGGAUGCAUAAUUUGUCUCCUAAUCCCUAUACCAAACUAGGGAGCUCUGUGCCCCAGUGAACUAUAGUUUUGUGCUUAUCAUGUAUUACCUUAAAUACUGAGCUUCCCAUUCAUGAUUGUAAUUGGAAAACAAAACUAGGUAACCAUUUCUUCUGUUAUAGCAGGUGAUACUGCCAUUCCCUUUCCUUGUAUUUCACUAACUUCAUACUUCCCUGAAAUAAAGCAUUUUCCAGUUCUGCAGUG